AUGACAUCAAAGCGGCCUCUUUUGAUCCCAUCUCCAAGAACCCCAAAUACGCAAGAGCUCCCUACUUUACCUGUCUUUUCUGAUUUUGUAAAUCCCAGUUCAGGUCACUCUGGAUCGUUUUCCGGGAUGGAUUCUAAAAACCCAGCUGAGAAUUCCCUCAACAUUGAACCCGCCUUCAAUUCCUCCUCACAGAGAAGCAUUUCUUCGAUUCAUUCCAGGGCUUCUGGCACGAAUUCUGUCCGGGAAGUGAGUUUUGGUGAUGUCGGAUCAAAGCCUGUACGGUAUGGAUCGAGAGGAGCUGAUUCGGAAGCGUUCAGCAUGUCCCAAAAGGAGAUGAAUGAAGAGGAUGUAAGGAACAUUUAUAUAGAUGAUCUUGGUAAGACUCACGAGAGGUUUGAGUUUUCUGGGAAUUCAAUAAGGACGGCAAAGUACUCAAUUAUCACUUUUUUGCCUAGAAAUUUGUUUGAACAGUUUCAUAGGGUAGCAUACGUAUAUUUUCUUGUGAUUGCUGUGCUCAAUCAGCUCCCCCAGCUGGCGGUUUUUGGCCGGGGAGUUUCCAUUUUGCCACUGUCAUUUGUCUUGCUCGUUACUGCAGUUAAGGAUGCCUAUGAGGACUAUAGGCGGCAUAGGUCUGACCGAAUUGAGAACAAUCGGUUGGCAUCAGUUUUGGUUAAUAAUCAGUUUCAAUUAAAAAGUGGAAGGAUAUCCGAGUUGGUGAAAUCAUCAAAAUUGAAGCAGACUAUCAAUUUAGAUGGGGAAUCAAAUUUGAAGACCCGGUAUGCAAAACAAGAAACUCUCUCCAGGUUGCCUGAAAAGGAGAAGAUUACCGGGUUGAUUAAGUGUGAAAACCCCAAUAGAAAUAUAUAUGGUUUUCACGGAUUCAUGGAAAUUGAUGGCAAGAGACUGUCAUUAGGACCCUCCAACAUUGUACUUCGAGGCUGUGAGCUCAAGAAUACUCGUUGGGUCCUUGGGGUUGCUGUUUAUGCUGGUCGUGAGACUAAAGUUAUGCUGAAUAGCUCCGGAGCCCCAUCCAAGAGGAGUCGUCUCGAGACCCGUAUGAACUCAGAGAUCAUCAUACUGUCGGGGUUUCUUGUUGCUUUGUGUACAGUUGUGUCUCUGUGUGCUGCUGUUUGGUUGAGACGCCACAAUGAUAAGUUGGAUGACAUACUCUUCUACAGGAAGAAGGACUACUCUGAGGGGAAAGUGGACAAUUAUAAGUACUAUGGAUGGGGUUUAGAGAUUCUUUUCACAUUCCUAAUGUCCGUCAUUGUAUUCCAGAUCAUGAUCCCCAUCUCUUUGUACAUUUCUAUGGAGCUUGUCCGGGUGGGUCAAGCAUACUUCAUGAUCCGUGAUACUCAAAUGUAUGAUGAGGCCUCUAAUGCAAGAUUUCAGUGCAGAGCUUUGAAUAUCAAUGAAGAUUUAGGACAAAUUAAGUAUGUAUUCUCAGACAAAACUGGUACGCUUACCGAGAAUAAAAUGGAAUUUCAAUGCGCAAGCAUUUGGGGAGUAGAUUAUAAUGAUGCGACAAGCAAUUCGGGAAAGGACCAAGUGGGGUACUCUGUUCAAGUGGAUGGGAAGAUUUUGAGGCCAAAGAUGAAGGUGAAGGCUGACCCACAGCUUCUACAAUUACUAAGAAGUGGAGUGGACACAAAUGAAGGCAAACAUGUGCAUGAGUUCUUCCUUGCAUUGGCAGCUUGUAAUACUAUUGUGCCUCUUGUUAUAGAUACGUCGGAUCCAAAUGAGAAAUUAGUAGAUUACCAAGGGGAGUCUCCAGAUGAACAAGCGUUGGUUUAUGCUGCUGCUGCCUACGGUUUUAUGCUUAUUGAACGAACCUCUGGUCAUAUAGUUAUUGAUAUCCAAGGAGAAAGGCAAAGGUUCAGUGUUUUGGGUUUGCAUGAAUUUGAUAGUGACCGGAAGAGAAUGUCGGUUAUAUUGGGUUGCCCUGAUAAGACCUUCAAAGUCUUUGUAAAAGGUGCUGACACUACCAUGUUCAGUGUCAUAGACAGAAGAUUAAACUUGGACAUAAUACGAGCAACAGAAGCCCAUAUUCAUGCGUACUCCUCUCUGGGUUUGAGAACGCUUGUUGUUGGGAUGAGAGAACUGAGUGCUUCAGAAUUCGAGCAGUGGCAUUCGUCUUUUGAGGCAGCAAGUACUGCGUUAAUUGGCCGGGCUGCUCUACUUCGCAAGGUUGCUGGCAACAUAGAGAACAAUCUCAUCAUACUAGGUGCCUCUGGUAUUGAGGAUAAACUACAACUGGGGGUGCCUGAAGCCAUAGAGUCUAUAAGAACAGCAGGGAUUCAGGUCUGGGUUUUGACAGGGGAUAAGCAAGAAACAGCCAUAUCCAUUGGCUACUCAUCAAAGCUUCUAACAAGAAAGAUGACUCAGAUUAUAAUUAACAGCAGCUCUAAGGAUUCAUGUCGAAGGAGUUUAGAGGAUGCUGUACUCAUGUCUAAGAAGCUUACGAUGUUUUCUGGGGAUACACACACCGCCAGAGGAAGUUCUGGAGAUGGUGUGACUCCAGUAGCUUUAAUUAUUGAUGGUACCAGCCUUGUUUAUAUUCUUGAUAGUGAACUUGAGGAAAAGCUCUUUGACUUAGCCAGUAACUGUUCUGUGGUGCUUUGUUGCCGAGUGGCUCCAUUGCAAAAAGCUGGAAUUAUUGCCCUUGUGAAGAACAGGACUGCUGAUAUGACACUUGCAAUUGGGGAUGGUGCUAAUGAUGUUUCCAUGAUCCAAAUGGCUGAUGUGGGAGUUGGCAUCAGUGGCCAAGAAGGUCGACAAGCUGUAAUGGCUUCAGAUUUUGCAAUGGGGCAGUUCAGAUUCUUAGUUCCCCUUUAUUGGUAUGUGCUCUUUACUUCUUUUUCUUUGACAACUGCGAUCACUGAAUGGAGCAGCAUGUUGUAUUCUAUAAUCUACACUGCAGUACCCACAAUUGUUGUUGGGAUUCUUGACAAGGACCUAAGUAGAAGGACCCUUCUGACAUAUCCUCAGCUAUAUGGAGCUGGUCAGAGACAAGAAUGCUACAACUCAAAACUAUUUUGGCUAACAAUGGUUGACACAUUUUGGCAAAGUCUGGCCGUCUUCUUUAUCCCUCUCUUUGCAUAUUGGGGCAGCACCAUUGAUACAUCAACCAUUUGGGGAUCUAUAAUUGCGACUUGGAUUUGUGUCAUUGUCAUUGAUGCUUUACCUUCACUCGUUGGCUACUGGGCCGUUUUUGAAGUCGCAAAGACUGCAUCAUUUUGGUUAUGUUUGCUUGCAAUCACCACAGCAGCAAUCGCUCCUCGCUUUGUUGUAAAGUUUCUGUAUCAGUACUAUAGACCUUGUGAUGUCCAGAUUGCAAGAGAAGCUGAGAGGUUUGGCAAUCAGAGUGCGUUAAGCCCUGUACAAAUAGAAAUGAAUGCUAUCUUGGACCCGCCAAGGAGAUGA